UUUGUCUCUUCUGUGCGGAGCGAUCCUGGAAGACUGAGCACAGCAUGUUGAUACAUUUCUUCGUCCAUGUGAUGGGACAGGAGCAAAUCCGCGGCCAAACACAGACACAACAGUAUCCUUGAAGUUGAAGAAACCUCAGAAGUCCUGAAGGAACUGAACUUACCAGGAUGUCCCAAGGCUCCAACCCUCCCCUCAGCCAGGAGACCUUUAACCAUCUAUGGAGUCAGAUCAACAGCGUGACUGACAAUGGGGCAUUGACCCAGGCAGUGACCCAGCCGCUGGACUAUGAGUUCAGCGAGGCCGACACCGGACAGAACAGGAUCGACUUUGAGGUCAAGAGUUACCAGCUCAAGGCCAUGGACAGCUUUGAACUGAUGGCGGGCCAGUUGAGUCAUCUACCGUCCCUUCCCAACGUGUCCAGCAGUUUCCUGAACGCUCUCGGCGGCACAGACCCCGACCAACCCAGCACCAGCGCUGGCCUUACCUCCGGACUCACUACCUACACAGCCACACCUAGCAACAUGCCUAGCAACGUGCCCAACACGUCUCCGGGCGUGGCACCCGCUGCGCCUAGCAACUGCGCCACACCCGGCAGCCCAUACUCGGCCAGCAGUGAGCAUAACAUGACCCCACCUCCAGUGUAUCCUGUACAGUCCCCGGUUGGACAGAUCCCAUCCAAUACUGACUACCCUGGCCCGUAUGGGUUCGAGUUCUCCUUUGGACCACAACAGACCAACACAGCAAAGAGUGCCACCUGGACAUACUCAGAGGUUUUGAACAAGCUGUAUGUCAGAAUGGCCCUGACCUGUCCUGUCAAGUUCAAGACCAGGACUCCGGUCCAGCCCGGGUGUUUCAUCCGUGCCAUGCCGCUGUACAAGAAACCUGAGCAUGUGACGGAGGUGGUGAGACGCUGCCACAACCACACCGCUGCUAAGGAGUUCAAUGACCACCCUGCUCCAUCCCACCUGAUCCGUGUAGAGGGAAACCCCAACGCUCAGUACUGGGAUGACCCGCACACUCACAGGCAGAGUGUCACCAUCAUGUACCAGAGCCCUCAGGCCGGUACAGAGUACAACACUGUCCUGUACAACUUCAUGUGUUUCUCCUCCUGUGUGGGGGGGCUGAACAGACGACCGACACAGGUCAUCUUCACGCUGGAGACUGGCCAGGGCCAGGUGUUGGGUCGUCGUGUGGUGGAGGUUCGGAUCUGUGCCUGUCCUGGGAGAGACCGGAAGAGUGAAGAGAAGACUCACUACAAGUCUCACGGUCACCAGUCAUCUGAGUCCAACACACCUGUCAAGAACAAGAAGGGUGUGAAGAGAAUGUCUCAAGGCUUUACCAUUACCACCCUGGGCAGCAAGAAGAGAAAGACUCAUGACGACAAUGUCUACUAUGUACCGGUACGAGGCAGAGAGAACUACGAGAUCCUGAUGCGAAUUAAAGAGUCUCUGGAACUGAUGCAGAUGAUCCCCAAAGCUCAGGUGGAACAGUACCGCGCCACGCAGGCCAACCUCUCCAAAAUGCCCUCCCUCCACACAGGCCUGAACAGAACAGACUCCUUCAGUAACUCUCCCCUCCACACCGACCACAAGCAUGACCACACCCCUACUUCCCAGUUGGACCAGUCCGGAGCAUCCCACAGCAGUACAGACACCAUCUCCCCUCACAACGGUCACCCGCCCGCCGAGUCAGAGGGAACAGUCGCUGACUGGCUGACUAAGCUGGGUUGUGCCUCCUGUAUCGAGGCUUUCCACCGCAAGAGGAUCAACUUCCUGUCACAGCUGGAGGAAAUUAACCUACAGGACCUUCAUGAAAUGAAGCUAACAGAAAGACUGGUGGACAAGAUCUGGAAGGGAAUUAUCGAGUAUAAGGCUUCAAAGGACUUUUCAGACACACCCUCCCUCCUGAGAAGAAGCAGCACGGCAUCGACAGUUGACCUGAACGGCUCGGGCGGGGUCCUGGCCACUGGGGGCGUGGUCGAGGCCACACGCUUCACCCUCAAACAAACCAUCUCACUGGACGACAUCAAGGUGAAACAAGAGAAGCUUGAAGAAGAAGAGGAGGAAGAGUGGGAGGAAGAGGAGGUGGAGAUGGGCUUGAAUCAACAGAAUGACCACGACUAUGUUUGAGCCAACAAACAUAGCUGGAAAGUUCAUCAAGUGUUGAUAGAAGUCAUUCUGAAACAGGGUUUGAACUUUAAUUCCCACACAAAAUUUGAAGUUACCCAAAUUUAUAUGUCAUGUCUUUUUUGUAUUUCCUUGACAAAGACUGGGGUUGAACAGUUAAAAAAUUGGGUAUUUUGUGUUAAUUGGAAAUUACAGUUCAAACUUGUUUCAUAACAGAUAAAACAAGCACUCUGUAAAUAGCUUUUGAUAAAAGUCACUAAAACUUGGACCAGAUAGUUAGCUUACCUGCUAAUCUGGAGUAUCCACUGGUGUAGUUUAUUAUAUCAGCUGUUCUAUGGUGAGAAUUUCACUGUUAGAAAUUGUAAGCAAUACCAGUUUGAACAUUAGUAGUUUUGAAUUGGUAGCUGAAAGUGACCACACAAAUAGAUCUGUGAUAUUCACAUGAUUUAUGUUGAAAAGUGAAAAGAAAAGUUUGAUAACUUGAUCUGAAGAUAGAAAGCAGAUGGUUGUAUGAAGGAGUGGAAGGACUAGUUUUGUUACAUCAUUUUCUGAGCCAGUCUGGUUACUGGUGCUGUUACUUUGCAUAGCCAAUACUAGUACGUACUAUAGACCUUGUAAAUACACAACUGUAUGCUGAGGUGCAGCAGUGUUAAACUUGCUUGACUGUAUUCUGAGCAGUUACGUAGGGUACCUAACCUAGACUUGUUUAGUCUAAUCCAUCACUUAUCUUUGGUUCUGUUAGCAUGGAAAAUAUUGGACUAAGGAGACAUUAUGGUUUGCUACUUGUCUAUUGCUUAUAUGACCUAAAGAAAAAAAAAGAAAAACAUUCCUGUGACUUUUAAGUGCAAGCACCUUAAUAGGCCACAUCUCAGAAGCUGGACUGUGAAAAUUAGAAAAGGACUGUUGAACAAAGAAAAACUUGGAAUGUCAGCUUGGAGUAUCAAAAUUAUGCAUUUGUUGAGUUUUUCCUGCUGGCUUUCAGUGUGAUGCAGUAUUCCAUCAACUGUUACAGUUUUCUGUCAGCUAUUUUGCAGUACAUAUUAGAAGAGUGUUGAUUCUAUUAGGUGCAUUACUCCAUAUCAGUAACUGUUGUAGUGUACAAGAAAAGUACGUAUAGAACUACAUGUACUCUAUUGGAGAACAAAGAGUCCAUUAUUUUGACCGGUGCUCGUAACAGUUUUUGGAGAAAACCUCAGUACCAAACAAGUCGUAUUUUGUGUAAAUAUUACUAUUGUUUCAAACUUAUAGAUGACUAUAAAAUAAGUUGUUCUGUGCCAUGUUAUUGUUAAGACGAACUGGCAUUUCAGUGUUUUGUUACAUAUAUUUACUAAGUUCAGUUGUUACAUGUUGACUUAUGUCGAGGACAUAAAAUGUUCAUUUUUGUUA